AUGUUACCACCACCGAAUCCGAUAGGCGGUGUUGGGUUUAACUCCUCGAACAACCAAUUUCCAUUUCACCACCACAACCGGCGGAACAACAACAGUUUUAGAGGGAGGAGCGCGAACUUUAACGGCAAGCGCGGAGGAGGGAAGAGCAACAACGAGACUCGGAGAGAAGUCAUCAAAUCGGAUUCGAAUUCCUCGAGGCAUCCGAACAACGGCAAUAAACCGACGAAUUCGAAUUCAAACGCAAACUCUUCUUCUUCCGUUUCGUCGUCGUCUUCUGGAAAGGAAAUCGCUUCUGGGGGUGGCGCUGGGGGCGGGUGGAAAGAAAAACUUUCCGGUUGGUCCACCGCGGCGUCCUCCUGGUCCGCGAAAACCUUGGAAGGGAGUUCAAAUUCGCUCUCCAAAGCGUUAACGGACUUUAACAAGCAGUUUAAACCGCAGAUGGAAGUGGCGGUGGAUUUUGUCGGCCCGACUUGGGACCGCGCGGUGGAAAUCGCGAAACCAGUGACUGGACCGUUGAGGGAGGCGUGGUUAGGUUUGAGUCCGCAGACGCGAGCGUUCGUGAAACCGGCGGCGACCGGGACGGCGGUGGCGCAUAUCAUUCUCGGCUUCCCGAGUCGAAGGUACGCGAGGAAGUUGGAGAGGAAAAUCACGGAGAUGGAAAAGGAGCGAGUGCAGUUGAUGGUCGAUGAUUUUUCGUUGGAGAAAGAGGUGUUGACGCUGAGCGCGGAGAAUAGGCGAUUGGAGAAGAGAGUUUUGAGAAGCGAGAUGGCGUUGCACGCGAUUCGAAGACGGGUGGCGGAAUUUUCGUUGCCGAAUAAGGCGAAGGACGCGUAUGGGAUUGAUGCGAAUCCGAACGAUACGAACGGAGAUGGGGUGAAUGACUACGGGUUAGCUGCGAAGAAUUUAGCGUCCAGUCAAGAGAUGGCGUGGAGAAAGACGCAGGCGUUGAAAGAUGCCGGGGUAUUGCAAGAAAGAGGAGGCAACGAACAACACAACGUGUACGAGAAUGGAAUUCAAAAAGCAUCGAGUAGUUCGUCGUCGAGUGGAGAGGGAGGAAAUUGGUCAGUAGAGCAAAAUAUGUGGGCGUUAGGGGCAACUGUAGCGGCUGAGGAAGCAUCGUCGUCGAACGAUGGAUCGGCUGGCACGUUCCUUCCCCCAAGAUAUUAA